AUGUUGAUAGUUGAAUUGAGUGUUGGUCAAUUAGCUGGAUUAAUUGGUGUUUUUAAUGCUCUCCUACCAAUUAUCAUUUCUGUGUUGGGUGCCAUAUCAAUAUUAAUAAGCAUCAAUGAUAAAAUGGCAGCUUUAGAGUGGACAACUUUAAGUAAAGUGGUUGAAGCAAGUCUGCUUAACAUUUAUGGAGCAGGUGGCCAACCUGCUUUAACAGGGAUUAAAUUAUGGGGCAUGGGAUCAUAUAAACGUAAUGUACUUUACAUACUUGUUGGGGUAUCUUUAAUAGCAUUAUUUGGAGUAUCAGCUAUUGCACCACUUGGUAUUCAUACAUGUGAAGUAACAUAUGAUAUAACAUCUGCUGAGGCUGAUGUUAUCAAUGCUGAUCCAUUAUUGAGUAGUGCAGUUAAUAACACAUUUUCUCUGAAGGAGCUAACAAGCAUUAGG